AGAAUGGACAAAGGAAACUGCUCUUCAGUUGCUGGGUUCUUCCUCUUGGGGAUAACCAAUAACCCUGAAAUGAAAAUAAUCCUAUUUGGCACAUUUUUAACUGUAUAUCUUAUCAAUCUCUUGGCAAACCUUGGUAUGAUCACUUUGAUCAGAGUGGAUUCCCAGCUUCACACACCAAUGUACUAUUUUCUCAGCCACCUGUCGUUCUCUGACCUCUCCUAUUCUACUGCAAUUGGCCCCAAGAUGCUGGUGGACCUGCUCACAAACGACAAAUCCAUUCCUUUUUUUGGUUGUGCUGUGCAGUUUUUCCUCUUCUGCAUGUUUAUAGACGUUGAGUGCCUGCUGCUGGCAGUGAUGGCCUUUGAUCGGUACAAGGCCAUCAGCAACCCCUUGCUGUAUGCAGUAGACAUGUCCAGUGGGGUGUGCUCCAUACUUGUGGCUACUAUAUACCUCUUUGGAGUGGUGGACGGUUUCAUACACACGUCAUUGGCAUUUCGCUUAUGUUUCUGUGGUUCUAACGUGAUCAACCACUUCUUCUGCGAUUUGCCUCCUCUUCUUCUGAUAUCUUGUUCUGAUGUACAAAUCAAUGAGCUGGUGUUGUUCACCAUUUUUGGAUUCAUUGAGCUGGGCACCAUCUCAGGAGUUCUGAUCUCCUAUUGCUACAUCAUCGUAUCAGUCUUAAAGAUCCGCUCUGCCGAGGGGAGGUUCAAGGCUUUCUCCACCUGCGCCUCCCACCUCACUGCCGUCGCCAUCUUCCAGGGAACCAUGCUCUUCAUGUACUUCCGCCCCAGUUCUGCCUACUCCCUCGAUCAGGACAAAGUGACCUCACUGUUUUACACCCUGGUGAUUCCCAUGCUGAACCCUCUGAUUUACAGCCUGCGGAACAAUGACGUGAAAGACGCCGUGAAAAAACUGAGAAGUAAAAUCUUCUUUUAG